ACACACACACUCUCUUCAUCAUCCUCUUACUGACCUUAAUGAGGCUGCUGGCAUUUGGGGAAUUUGCUGAGGAGACCAAAGCACACAGUGUGUAUGAUAUUGCUGGUGUGUCUGUGUCAGCACACCACAGAGUGUGUUUAGACAGAGGAAGGAAGGAGUUAACAGAGGACGGUGGAUAAGAGAGAUAAUCAUCCACCCUUCUCUUUUCUCUCUCUGCUCUGUAUGUCUUUAUUCCUCUAUGCAGUCAAUGUUCAGUUCUGGCGUUUUUCUGACUUUCUUGGCCAGAGGUUCUUGUUGGUGUCUGUUGGUGGGCAGAUUGUGUCAGAGUCACUGUGGGGACAUGUUGCGGGAUGCUGUUUACUCUCCCAGGGUGUUUUUCUACAUACAGGAUAUCCUGCGUUGCUUAUCUCUGGUGCUUUGGUAGCGUUAUGGUAUUCUUGCACAAUCCUGCAGCAUUGUGACAUAUUCCAUACAGUAUGUUUGUAUGUUUAAUGCAGCUCCCACCAUUCUUACUAAUGAAGAAGCUUGUUUUUUUACACACACCCUUCCGUUUUACCAGUAAUUUAUUCACACAAGCCUUCUUGAUCCAAAGGGACAGUCUGAUGACCGUCAUUAUUGCUGCCGAUCCUCAUGCUGUAUUUAUUUUUCACACUUCUCUCUCUCACCCGAGCGUUAAACAAUUUUUCACUGCUGAGUUUUUUGGCCACUCUUUUCGCAUUUGUCACAAAAGGUGUUAUUAGAGCAAAGCCACCUACUGGAAUACUGCAAAAACUAAAGCAAGAAUCACAAUUUUGCGUCUGUCUAUUGAUACAGUAUUUAAAAUAGAAUAUUCCCCCUGGAUUGAGGUAUUUGGGGCAAUCUCUAAAGAAAGAGGCAGAUGUAAGAGAAGACUGAGGAAAAUGAGGAGAAGGAGUCUUGCUUGUUUAAAACUCCUCCUCAGUGACCUUGUUUUCACCACAGACUCUUCAGCCAACUCAAAGCAGUUUUUGACAGAUAAGAGAUGCUACACCAUCUUUUUGCCUCACCACCUAGCACAAUGCCACCACAUCAAAUAACACAGUCAGCCAGGCCAUCAGGUCACAGAGCUUCAACACACACAUGCCCGACUGCAGGAGCUCACAUCACACCUUAUCAUCACACCACGUCUCAUCGUUAUUCGCAAAAUAUCCGAAAAUAUCCACAAUGUCAUGUUUUGAAUAUGGUUUAUUUUCUGUAAGAAGAAUCUGUAAAUCACCUUUGAGGACACUCAGGUUUUCUCACGUUUUUAACAACAGUCCUAUUAUUAAUAAAUUAAUUCAUUAUAUUGAGGGAUUUAAAUAAAUGAUUAACUUACUAAAUAAUUGCAGAUCAGUGGCUUUGGCCACAGACACUAGAAGAAUUUUGCCAGAAUUGCCAUUUUAUCUAAGCUGCUGAAUGACUCAACACAAAAUCAAAACCUCAAGACGGAGACAGCUAGUACUGUAGAUCCAGUAAUUUCACUGGAAGAGUGCUGCUCCACCGCUAUCAGGGAAAAUGAGAGAACAGCCCGUCCUGCCACUUCGUUCUGCCUUCUCCUCAGUCCUGCCUUUGACUUUCUUUCCUCUGUCAGUGUCUAAAUCAGAUCAGCUGAACUCAGUAAGCUGCUUAAAACAGCAAAAGAAUUUACUGGCACCUUGGCUCCAUGAACACAACGGGUUGGGUGGCUUAGCCUUUCUGGGGAUUACGGGAAGAAUUUGAAUUUGUCAGCCCUCUUGAACAAUCUGCCGGACCACAGCUGGAGUGAUGACUUUUCAAGGGCUUUAACUGGGGAAAAAAGAGGAGCGAAAUGUUCUACAUUCAUUCACUGCUCAAGGUUUGACUGAUUAAUCCAGUGUUUGCUAAAUCUCUUUAAAAGAAAAGCCGAACCUCAACAGGCUGAACAUAGACUGUGAGCAGAGAGACUCAGAAUAGUUUAUAGAGAAGCAGAGACUUACUGUAAGUGCAUGGAUGAUCUAGAAGCUGCAAAGGCCGUCUCAAAAAGACAAUGAGGGAUGAGAGAUGAAGUCACUGUAAGUGUCUUUAACCUAGACCAUAUUAUAUAGAAGCGUAUGAGGUGUUUGGAAACAUUGUUGAUAUUUUCGUCUCCUUUGGGAGGAAGGCAUCGGUGAAAACAGUCUUGAAGUCGCUUUUACUUCACUUCCUGGGUUUUACCGUUAAAAUGAUGUGCAACAGUGAACGAUGACUGCGGUUGAUCUGACAACUUCCUUCCUUUCUCACACACACACACACACACACACACACACACACACACACACACACACACACACACACACACACACACACACACACACAGAUAAACAGGACUUUAUUAUUACCAGCAGCAGAAAACAAGAAAAAAAGAACUUCUAGACUGUGACUUGAGCGAGAGUCGUGUGAGAGUGGGGGCGGGUAAGAGGAACAAAUGAGACGCGGAGGGAGAGAGAGAGAGAGAUGUACUCAGUCAGUGGAGAGGAGGGAAAAAGCAAUGCAAUCCUCCUGUGUCGCACACGACUAGUGUUACAGAGAGAGAGGGAGACAAACAGGUGUGUUGUGCUGCCCUCCCGCUCCACCUGCCCCUCCUCCCUGUGGGCGGGGCUUCGCUCUUGAGGGACUCUUGAACGCGGCCAGAUGCCGUCUCCACUCUCUCAGAGAAGCCCGGGCUGUCGGCUGCACUCCCGUCUCUGCCUUCUGCGCCACUAGUUCCCGUCCGCGCCCCCUCUUCGCUGCCGGGAGCGAGCAGGUGGCAAGAUGAUGCAGGAGGUGUCCAUCAUGGUGGCGUACGACGCCCACGUCGUGGACCGGCCGGGGGAGGACGACGCUCUGGCUUGCUUGGUCGCCCACUCCAGACCUCCCCGAAUCCCACGACCGGUGGUGCCAACCAAAAAGCUGAAGAAGUUCGAGAAGGAGUAUCAGACGCUGAGGGAGAGCCAGCUCCAGCAGGAGGACCCCAUCGACCGAUACCAGAGGGAGAAUCGGCGUCUGCAGGAAACCAGCAUGAGACUGGAACAGGAGAAUGACGACUUGGCCCACGAGCUUGUCACCAGUAAGAUCGCCCUUCGGAACGAUCUUGACCAGGCAGAAGAUAAGGCCGAUGUGUUGAACAAAGAGCUGCUGAGCACCAAACAACGUCUAGUGGAGACGGAGGAGGAGAAGCGACGACACGAGGAGGAGACGGCCCAGCUGAAGGAAGUUUUCAGGAGGGAGCUGGAAAAAGCAGAGUUGGAGAUUAAGAAAACCACAGCAAUAAUAGCUGAAUACAAACAGAUCUGCUCGCAGCUGAGCACCAGGCUGGAAAAGCAGCAGGCAACAACGAAAGAAGAGCUGGACAUUGUCAGGAGCAAGGUUACGGGCUGCGAUCACUGCAAGGACCUGUUCAGCACCCUGGGCUCCCUGCAGGCGUUGUCGCCCAACAAGGCCAAGGCGUCGUCUGAGCCGCUGGACGAGGAGAAGGACGGGCUGAAGGAGCAGCUGAGGCAGCUGGAGCUGGAGCUGGCCCAGACGAAGCUGCAGCUGGUGGAGGCCAAGUGUCGCAUCCAGGAGCUUGAGCACCAGCGGGGGGUCCUGAUGAACGAGAUCCAGGCAGCCAAGAACUCCUGGUUCAGCAAGACUCUGGGCUCCCUGAAGAGCUCUGCGUCCUCCUCAGCCGGCUCCUCCUCCCAGACUCCGUCCUCUCCAAAGGAGGGCCCCGCCUAGACCACCCUCCGUCCCGUUUUCCCCUGCCAAGAUGCACACUAGAGCUGACGAACAAGUUGAAGAAACGAGUAUCGGAAAUGCAGCAUUCCUUUUCCAAGCAGUGGCAACGUGGAGGAAACCGGCCUCUUGGCUUGAGGGAAGAAACAGCUGGUGACAGACUGGGCUCUCAUAUGUUUACGUUUGAGUCUGUUGAUGAGCCUCCCUUCGCCACAGUUCAGGUUCCUAAGGGUUCAGGUGUUGUUGCUGAUAUGGUUCAGUUGGGUACUGAAGCUUCCACCGUAUAAGAAGGCUGAAGCAUCUCUCAUACUGUAAGUUGAUCACUUAGCGCCACCUCAUGGACAGGCUUUGCUAUAGGCGAGUUAAUCAUUUUUAUUUGCAUGAGUUGAUGCUGUAGUUUAGAAUCGAACCUACAUUCAGCUUUUAAUAUGUUUAGUACUAUUAAACCUUUACUGCCGAGAAGAUGAUGACAAGCCUUCAGGAGGCAGGAAAGCCACAACACUGAAAAGGAAUCCUGCACCCGGUCUCCAACAAGUUGUAUUUCUUAUAGUAAUAUAACAUAUAAAUAUGUAUAACUAAUUAUUGAUUUUUUUAAUAAUCUUGUACAGUCCUUAAAAAGAAGAACGAGACGAACAUUUCUUUUUAUUUUUUUUUUUACUCUUUGGAAUUUGAAUGUCACCUCUGUAGAUGUUGACCUUAAGCACAGUGUGUGAUCGUCCGGUUGGGUCCAAGUGCUGACGAGCCAAAGUGACAACAUGCAGAGAUUUUAAUUUGGUCCUUAUUAGUUCAGUGACGGGUUGAAGUGGCUCAAGUGUUACUAUUGACACUCAAAAUUCAUUGUAUUUGCUCGCGAGUCCAACUGAGUUGUUUUAAUUUUAAUUUCUUACUUUUUUGUGUGCAUGUGCAGGAUUAUAAGAGGACAUUUACAAUGUGCUAAUUGACCCUUUUAUAUAUUUAUUAUUCAUUUACCCCUUUAAUAAUGUGGUUACAAGUUCCUCAAACAGUUUCUUGUCUAUUUCACAAGAUUUUCUUCUGUUCACCUCAUGGCUUCAGCAGAGUCAUAACGUUCACUCUGAACAUGGACAACCUGAGAUUAACGCUUUGCACACAGCUCCCAGCGACGCUACGCAAAGUCUUCACACCCGUCAUCACAAAUCUCUAUAGAUACUGGAGGAGGUACAAUUACUUUGUAAGUAUACAGUUGUAAUAGUUUGUGGGCUCUGAAGUAUCUGUUACAUAGCACAAGUCAUUGUUACAUAAACGCUUCAGGGGCCGUUUCACUGUUUCCCCCGUGUGAAAAGUCUUACUGUUGAAUGUUUAUUCUGUGAAAUGGGAAAAUAACUGCACAUCGAAUCUUCCCUGCGUCCUCAGUGUUGGCUCAGUGAUGACACACACAAACUACAGGAGAUGAUACGAGGUCUGGAGGCACCUCCAGAGACUUUAGGCUAAAGCUUUGUGUGUCCUCUCCAUUUUUAAUUAAAUUCAUACUAUUAUUGUUAUAUCUGCAGUGCAAUGACUACAGCCAGGGAUCUAAGGACAUAGGAAGUAUUUUGCUGUGGUUUACUAAAAUGACAAUUAGCCAAAAAGCAGAAAGCUGCAGUGCCAACGGUCCAACUUCAUCCUCUGGUUGUCACUGGAGUCGUCGGCCUUUGGACUCAAGCUCGUGUGAACUCGUUCAUGUGAAUGUGUUUUGGACGUGUGUGUGUGUUUACUGCAACCGGAGUGGCUGAAGCUGAAGUGGCUCCUUCUGCGGCCUUUCCUGAUGAGAAGAGAUUGGAGCAUCAGCGGUGCCACAGAAGCCUCGUCCUCGUCCCCUCCCCGUCCUCUGUGCUCCUCUGACCUGCACCGAGCGGCUCCAUCAGAGGAGAUGCCUCGUAGCACGGGGAGGGAGCGCGAGGAAGCCGACUGCUGGGAUGUCGUGGAAUUCCAGAUGUGCUUGCGUUUACGUGACCGUUACAAAUUCAUCCAAGCAGUGAUGUAACCUGUGGCCAAAUCAGAGAAAACGUCUUUUUACAGUAUGUGCACUAACACAACAUGUUAUUUUAAACACUAUUUCAAGAUGUUUGUUUCAAACUUGUUCCGUCAACAGAGCAUAAUUAUUUUUUAACUGAUUUGUUGCUGGGAGGACAGCUGCCAAUUUCUAAUCCAGUUAAUUCCAGUGAUGCAGGAGGUCAUGAGUCGGAUUACAGGUGUUGUGUAGUUCGCUGUCGUACCGCGUUGCUGUUACACAAAGAAGGCUGUACCUCAGCUGGUCUGAUUCCAACACUGUUUGCUGUACAGGACUGUGUGACCUGCAUUAAUAAACUUCAGUUUAUCAGUUCA